AUGUCAUACGAAGAGUUUUUGGCACACCAGCAGUCUAGUUUGAAUUCAAGACCAAAUGUUCCAAGUGGUCAGAGUUCUCAGGUAUCUUCACGUGCAAACUCUAAUAGUACCGUGCCAAACGUCUCGUCUUCCCCAAUGUCCGCUAAUGCAUCUUCGACUUCGAUUUCUUCUGCUCUAGAAAAGCUGGAAAUCACGCCUCUGUCUGCCUCCUUAUCAGAAUUAAACAAAUCAACCAAGAUUUCUGAAGUUCGUGAACAAUGCAAUACGAUUGCAGAUUUAGUUUACGAACACGGUGCCUCCUCAUUGCAAGACUGGAAGAUUGGUGAAGUUAUCAAAACCUUAUCUAAGCCAAAAAACUCCCCAUUGUUGAGAGAAGCUGCUCCUGUUUUAAUCCAAACUUUGAGUCGUAAGUUUGCAGGUGCUACACCAAAUGAAGCAUAUUUUGUUGACUUCUUCAAUUAUGCAUUUGACCUUUUCACAGAUAAGGAAAACACAGUGAAGAGGGCUGCACAGGCCGCUGUUGACACUUUGUAUGGUAUGUUUCCAACUGAAGCUAAGGCUUCUAUCUUAGUGGGACAUUUCUUAUCAUACCUCAAGUCUGGUGCAAAGUGGCAAUCCAAGAUCGCAUGUUUAAAAUUAGUCGAAAAACUCAUUGAAGAGUGUCCUGCAGAUUUAUUGGAAAUGGAAUUCUAUGAUGCAAUCCCAAUUCUUACUGAUAUGGCCACUGAUUUCAAGCCUGAAUUAGCCAAGGAUGGUAUGAAGGUAUUGAAACAAUUUGUCAAAAUUUUAGAUAACUUGGAUUUGUCUCCAAGAUACGACAUAAUUGUUGAAACUUUAGCUAAUCCUCAGAAGGUUCCAGAUUGUAUCAAAACUUUGGCUUCUGUCACAUUUGUUGCAGAGGUCACUGAACCUGCACUCGCACUAGUUGUUCCAAUUAUUGACAAAUCUUUGAAAAUGUCAUCGUCAUCUCAAGAACAAUUGAGACAAACUGUGAAAAUCACAGAAAAUUUGACCAGAUUGGUUAACAAUAAGCGUGAAAUUGAAAAGUAUAUUCCUGUUUUACUUCCAGGUUUGAAGCAAGUUAUUCAAACUGCUUCUUUACCGGAAGUUAGAGAUAUGGCAAAUGAUGCUUUGUCAGUUGUUGAAGAGGCCGAGAAGGAACACAGUGAUGGUAAAUUCCACGGUAGACUUCACAAGACAUCUGCUGCUCAAUAUAUCCAACAAUUCAAGAACCGAUUGAACAGCGAUGUUUUGUUCAGCUACUUAACCGGCAUUGUUGUCUCCGACGCCAAUGUUAAUGAUUGGAACUCUCUUUCCGAAUACUUUACUAUGGCAUUAUCAUCUUACUAUAAAGACGAUGAAGAAGAAAAGAACAAAGAAGUUGCUGAUAUGGUCCUAACUUUAAAGACUUUGUUUACUCCAGACGCUGUUAAGGAUGAUGAAGAAGAUGGUAUUGUCAUUGUCAAUGCAGCUUUCUCUCUUGCUUAUGGUGCUAGAAUGUUGUUAAACAAGACAAACUUGAGAUUAGUUAAGGGUCAUAGAUAUGGUCUUUGUGGUAGAAACGGUGUUGGUAAGUCCACUCUUAUGAGAGCUAUCAACAAUGGUCAAUUGGAAGGAUUCCCUGAUCAAUCUGUCUUGAAGACUUGUUUUGUUGAGCAUAAAUUGCAAGGCGAAGAAGGUGAUUUGAACUUAGUUGAUUUUAUUGCUUCUGAUCCUGAUUUGAGUGCUGCAACAAAGGAAGAAAUUGCAGAUGCGUUAGAGAGUGUGGGGUUCAAUGAAGAAAGAAGAGCGCAAAAAGUUGGAUCUCUCUCGGGUGGUUGGAAAAUGAAGUUGGAGCUAGCUCGUGCCAUGUUGUUGAAGGCAGACAUCCUUUUAUUGGACGAACCUACCAAUCAUUUGGAUGUUUCCAAUGUUAAAUGGUUGGAAAACUAUUUACUUGAACACACAGAUAUUACAUCAUUGAUUGUUUCUCACGAUUCGGGAUUUUUGGAUGCGGUUUGUACUGAUAUCAUCCAUUACGAAAAUAAGAAAUUGGUUUAUUACAAGGGUAACUUGUCCGAUUUCGUUGAUAUCAAGCCAGAAGCAAAAGCUUACUAUACUUUGACUGAUUCUAAUGUGAAGAUGCAUUUCCCACCACCUGGUAUCUUGACUGGUGUCAAGUCAAAUACCAGAUCGGUUGCGAGAAUGUCUAAUGUCACAUUCGCUUACCCUGGUGUCGAAAAGCCGUCUUUAAAGAACGUUUCAUGUAAUAUUUCACUUUCUUCAAGAGUUGCAGUUUUGGGUCCAAAUGGUGCAGGUAAGUCCACCUUAAUCAAACUUCUUACUGCCGAACUCGUUCCACAAGAAGGUACUGUUGAAAAACAUCCAAAUUUGCGUAUUGGUUACAUUGCUCAACACGCUUUGCAACACGUCAAUGAGCAUAAAGAAAAAACACCAAAUCAAUAUUUACAAUGGAGAUAUAGAUUUGGUGACGAUAGAGAAGUUCUUCUGAAAGAAUCUCGUAAAAUCGGCUCGGAAGAUGAGAGAAAAAUGAUGGAACAACAAAUUGACGUCGGCGAUGGCCGUGGACCAAGAUUUAUUGAAGCUGUGGUUGGUAGACAAAAAUUGAAGAAAUCUUUCCAAUACGAAGUUAAGUGGAAGAAUUGGCUUCCAAAGUGUAAUUCCUGGGUUCCAAAAGAUGUUCUGGUUGAACAUGGUUUCGAAAGACUUGUGCAGAAGUUCGAUGAUCACGAAGCUUCUCGUGAAGGUCUUGGUUACAGAGAAUUAACCCCUAAGGUCAUCAGAGAGCAUUUUGAAGCAAUUGGUCUUGAUGGUGAGAUUGCAGAUCAUACUGCGCUUGGUUCACUUUCCGGUGGUCAAUUGGUCAAAGUUGUUAUUGCCGGUGCGAUGUGGAAUAAUCCUCACGUUUUGGUUUUGGAUGAACCUACCAACUAUCUUGACAGAGAUUCUUUAGGUGCAUUAGCAAUGGCAAUUAGAGAGUGGAAGGGUGCUGUUGUGAUGAUCUCACAUAACAAUGAGUUUGUUGGUGCAUUGUGCCCUGAACAAUGGAUUGUUGAGAAUGGUGAACUAGUUACCAAAGGAGUUGCAGAAAUUGACCAAACCAGAUUUGAAGAUGGUGGUAAUUCUGAGCAAACGAAGCUGGCUACCGAGUUGGCUAAAAAGUCAGUAGCAAAAGCAGAUGACGAUGAUUCCCCUGCAAACAUCAAAGUCAAGCAAAGAAAGAAGAGAUUGACAAGAAAUGAAAAGAAGUUGCAGGAAGAAAGAAGAAGACUCAGAUAUAUUGAAUGGUUGAAUUCUCCAAAGGGAACCCCAAAACCUGUCAAUACUGACGAUGAAGAUGAGUAA